AGCUCAGAGUCACUCGCCCGGCCCUUUCCGCACGACUGCAGACGGCGGAGCCAGCCCCGAGCGAGCCGCGAACCAGCCCCGAGCGAACCCAGCGCCGGCCAGAUGGAGCGCCCGCAGCCCGACAGCAUGUCCCAGGAUUUGUCCGAGGCCCUGAAGGAGGCCACCAAGGAAGUGCAUACCCAGGCAGAGAACGUGGAGUUCAUGAGCAAUUUUCAGAAGGGCCAAGUGACUCAGGAAGGCUUUAAGCUGGUGAUGGCCUCCCUGUACCACGUCUACAAGGCCCUGGAGGAGGAGAUUGAGCGCAACAAGGAGAACCCGGUCUACGCCCCCCUCUACUUCCCGGAAGAGCUGCACCGCAGGGCCGCCCUGGAGCUGGACAUGGCCUUCUGGUACGGACCCCACUGGCAGGAGGCCGUCCCCUACACGCAGGCCACCAAGCGCUACGUGCGGCGACUCCAAGAAGUGGGGCGCAGGGAGCCCGAGCUGCUGGUGGCCCACACCUACACCCGCUACCUGGGUGACCUGUCCGGGGGCCAGGUCCUCAAGAAGAUUGCUCAGAAGGCCUUGGACCUGCCCAGCUCCGGCGAGGGCCUGGCCUUCUUCACCUUCCCCAACAUCGUCAGCGCCACCAAGUUCAAGCAGCUGUACCGCUCCCGCAUGAACUCGCUGGAGAUGACCCCCGAGGUCAGGCAAAGGGUCAUUGAAGAGGCCAAGACCUCGUUCCUGCUCAACAUUCAGCUGUUUGAGGAGUUGCAGGAGCUGCUGACCCGGAAAGCUGAGGACCAGCGCCCCUCGCAGGCACAGGGACUCCGCCGGCGGGCUGGCAGUGGGACACAAGACUUGACUCCCCCGGAGACUCCCAGAGGGAAGGCCCAGCCCAGUGUCCUUUCCCAGGCGCCCCUCCUCCGAUGGGUUCUCACGCUCAGCUUUCUGGUGGCAACGGUUGCCGUGGGCCUUUACGCCAUAUGAAUGCACCUGUGUUGGUUCCUGCGGCCGCGGACUCUGUCCAGCGGAGAGCCCUCUUUCUGCAGAGGGAGAGUCUCUUAGCUGGCUUCCUUCCCGUGGGCAGUGGGAGCUACCAGCUCGCCCCCACCCCCGCCCACCCCACAUCCCCCUCUCUCUGGCAAGGAAGAAGGAGUCUGUGGCAUCUCCCCAACCAAAAAGCACACCCAGCCAGUGACUUGGACUUCCAGAGUGGGGCGAGGGGUCCUGCCCGGCCCUCAGAGCGUCGCCUCCCUUGUUCCUGCAGCAGAGCCCAGAGGACGUGGCCAGAAGGAGCAACUGUCCGGACCCUCUAGACGCCCUGGGCUUGCUGUCUCCUGGUGGACGUGCCUUGACCCCUCUGUUCCCCGUGGCCAGUGGUGAUUUUCACGCACAUGUGCCAAGAUGAUGUGUCUUGUGUUUGUCUUGUUUUGUUGGGACCAUAUUGUUCCCAGCUUAGCCUGCCCGUGGUAUUUUGUUGUGUUCUGCUGUUUUUAUAGCGGGGUUGGGGAGGGUUUGGGGAGUUGGUUCGGUGCUGAGGGAGAUCAUUUUUAACAGCACUGUGGCCUUGGUCUCUAACUUGUGUGUAAAACAAUAAACUGCAUUUCCUGGUA